UCAUUGGGAUUUGAUCGCUCAUCGCUGACUUGACCAGGUCAACUGUAAAAGGUAGCAGUGUGCAAUUCAGCCUAACAGUAUGUCUACCUACAUUGGAGAAACGUUAUUUCUUGUUCUUCCGUAAGCUACAUCAAUCUUUUUUCGUGUACGAGUUCGUUUUUGCGAAUUAGAUUUAAACACAUUUCUUCAAAGAUUUUACCUCAAAGGUGGAAGAGCGAAGCUGAGGGGACACCCAUCCGGCGAUUUAUUGACACAGUCAUGCUGUUAAGCAUCAAAACAAAAUCAGCUCGAAGCUUUUUUCCUGCAGCCCACGACUAACCCAAGAGUGGUUUUGGACGCAGUGAUCACACCGGCCUUCUUUUGGUUUGGACCGGUGGCUCUGCAACUCUAAAAUAUGGAUUUAAAUGACAGCACAUCUCUGGCUGAGCUUAUGAGCCGGUAUGUGUCUACAGAAACAGGAUUCGGUCUCCCUAAGGAUGGCUGGCGGAUAUGUCUCGCACACGAGUUCAAAGAAAAGAGGAAACCAUUUCAGGCCAAAGAUGUCUCAUUCUCCAAUUUGAUUGAUCAUUUAGGCCUAGGUCUCAGGUAUCUGUGGUGGUGGUACAAAAAGACUCAGAUUGAAAAGAAAGCACCUUUUAUUGAUAUGUUUAGAGCUUUACCUCUUAAUCAAAUUUAUGGUGUUCCUUUAGGUGGAAUUGGGGGUGGCAGUAUUACUCGUGGAUGGAGAGGAGAUUUCUGCAGGUGGCAACUUAACCCUGGAAUGUACCACUACAAAACUGUUAUAGCUAACCAGUUUACAGUAUGUCUGCGCAGAGGGGGUCAGACAGUAUACCAGCAGGUGUUGUCUACAGAACGUCCCUCAACACUUCAGGGUUGGAACUGGGGCUACUGUGGUGAAUACGCCUUUUACCAUGCCCUAUACCCACGAGCCUGGACCGUGUACCACCUGCCUGGCCAGAACGUCACCCUGACCUGCAGACAGGUGUCACCUGUCAUUCCGGAUGACUACACGGACUCCAGUCUUCCUGUGGCUGUGUUUGUUUGGGAUAUUGAGAAUAAGAAUGACUAUGCACUCGAUGUUUCCAUCAUGUUUACAAUGGUUAACGGGUCGGGCAGUAAAGACGACAAGUGUGGCGGGCACUGGAACGAACCAUUUCACCUCGAGAAAGAGGGAGAAUCCGUUGCUGGAGUUUUGCUACAUCACAAAACACCUGUUAACCCGUACACCUUGUGUAUGAGUGCAAGAAAUAAGUCAGGCCUAGAGAUCAGUCACCAGACAGCGUUCAGCCCAAAGGGAACCUGCAAUGCUUUGUGGAAAGACCUCAUGACAGAUGGACGACUCGAUUCACCUGAGGGACCCAGCACGCCCACAGUGAAAGGAGAGGAUGUAGCAGCAGCCCUAGCCGUGAGCUGCUCUGUGCCUGCUAAUGGACACAACAGUAUGCAGUUCAGUUUGGCCUGGGAUAUGCCCAAAAUCACAUUUGGUUCGAGAGAGAGGGUGCAUGCCAGGCGAUACACCCGUUACUAUGGCAGCAAAGGGGAUGCAGCCCCCUCUCUGUCGCACUACGCGCUCACACACUACAAUAAAUGGGAGGAGAGCAUCGAUCAAUGGCAGAGUCCCAUUCUUCAGGACAGUUCACUUCCAGCUUGGUAUAAAUCAGCUCUGUUUAAUGAGCUUUAUUUCGUUGUGGAUGGUGGGACUGUGUGGCUGGAGCUUCCAGAAGACAGUGACAUCAGUGGUGGUCUCCGUCCUGAGGAUGGGGGGCUUCCAGCCCAGCCUCUAAUUGUUAAGGAGUACGGGCGAUUUGCUUAUCUGGAGGGUCAGGAGUACAGGAUGUAUAACACAUAUGAUGUGCACUUUUACGCCUCAUUUGCACUGAUCAUGCUAUGGCCCAAGCUGGCUCUGAGCUUGCAGUAUGAUAUUGCUGGCAGUGUCGUUCAGCAGGACCCUACAGAGAGAUUAAAUCUAAUGAGCGGCCAGUGCUCACCAGUCAAGACACGAGGUGUCGUGCCACACGACAUUGGAGACCCUGACGAUGAGCCGUGGGUUCGUGUCAACGCUUACUUGAUUUACGAUACAGCUGACUGGAAGGAUCUGAACUUGAAGUUUGUGCUGCAAGUAUACCGAGACUAUUACUUGACCAAGGAUAAGCAGUAUCUGAAGGACAUGUGGCCCAUAUGCCAGACAGUCAUGGAAACAGAACUGAAGUUUGAUAAGGAUGGAGAUGGGCUGAUUGAAAAUUCUGGCUAUGCAGACCAGACUUAUGAUGGAUGGACAGUGACUGGAGCAAGUGCAUACUGUGGUGGUCUGUGGCUGGCGUCAGUGUGCAUGAUGUGCAAAAUGGCCCGUUUGCUGAAUUGCGAGUCUGUUUAUCAACGCUACCGAGAUAUUUUAGAAAGAGGAAGUGCAGCCUAUGACAAACUCCUGUGGAAUGGCAAGUAUUAUAAUUAUGACAGUAGUGGACGGAGCCUAUCCAACAGUGUAAUGUCAGACCAGUGUGCGGGACAGUGGUUUCUCAGGGCGUCUGGACUUGGGGAUGGUGAUUUCCAGGCCUUUCCCAAGGAGAAAAUCUGCAGUGCAUUGAAGUCGGUGUUUGACCUCAACGUUAUGAGCUUUGCAGGUGGACAGAUGGGUGCAGUCAAUGGGAUGAGGCCAGAGGGUGUGCCCGAUCGUUCUAGUGUCCAAUCAGAUGAGGUUUGGGUGGGUGUGGUGUACGGUUUGGCUGCUACAAUGAUUCAUGAGGGCAUGGUGGAAGAGGGUCUGCAUACUGCUGAAGGCUGCUAUCGUGCUGUAUGGGAGCGACUGGGAAUGGCCUUCCAGACCCCUGAAGCAUAUUGUGAGAAAUCCAUCUACCGCUCUCUAGCUUAUAUGAGGCCUCUGAGCAUUUGGGCAAUGCAGCUUGCAUUGAACAACCGACAAAACCACAUCAAAACCACUGAAUAGGACAUGGGACUGGAUAUGAAUAUACUGUAAUGAUGAAUAUAUAAAAA